AGUGAUAUUAAGAGGUAGUUCAUAAAAGCGCACCACCUACCAUGCCUCAUAAAUCGAUAUUAUAGUAGGAGAUAAAAGGAAAAUCCAUUAAAACUCUGCAUCAUAGAUAAACGUGGGAACCUUCCUCUUCCCUUCUUCAAAAUCCUUAUCUCCAUAAAUCACACAUACAUCCCCCUCCUACUCUCCCAUUCUCUAUUAAAUAGAAACUGUUCUUUCAUUUUCACACUCAACUAACAAUCAUGGAUUGUUGCAACUCAGUUUCAGGAUCAAAAGGUCAGCCUCCCAAAAACUAUGUUCGCAACGGUAAAAUCAUGCUCUGUUCGGUCUUGGUCUUAGUCUUAGUCAGUGUCUUCAUCGUCGUGUUUUUCAUCCACAAUGGCUCCAGGUGCUUCUCCCUCCGUCGCCGUCGCCGUCGCCGCCAACAGAGACAAAUUCGACGGCAACGUCUGGCCCACCGCCUUGUGUUUUCAUCCGACAACUUCACUGCCGCGGCUGACGGCUUGGAAAACCAGGGGCUUGAAUUCAGUGUGCUUAAAUCGCUCCCUGUUUUUAUAUACCGCUCGAAAACUGGGGACCCACCACCCGAAUGUGCGGUGUGCUUGUCGGAAUUUGAAGAUGACGAGAGAGGCCGAUUGUUGCCCAAGUGUGGCCACAGAUUUCACCAUGAAUGCAUCGACAUGUGGUUCCAAUCUCACACUAAUUGCCCACUCUGCAGGUCCCCUGUUCUACUCCAUAUUUCAGAACCAGAAAAAUCGGACAUUGAACCGGGUGGGUCAGGAUCCGAAAUGGAUCUUGAAAGUGGAGUAAGUGAGACGGGUCGGUCUCUUUCUUUACCACAGAAGAACACGUCGGCGCAUUGCCUGAGAGAGCUGGAAGAUAUAGUCGCGGAGGUGGAAAGGAGAGAGCGGGGUUUGAGCUCAGCAGGGGAUCCAGACUCGACCAAGAAUUCGGGUAAUCGGGUUUUGAAUCCGAAGAAGGUUUGGAGCAUCUAAAGGAAAGCGGUGGAGUCAGAACCUGGUUUUGGGAAGCGUGGACAUUGGUAUUUGACACUUGGCUUCUAGCCUUCUACUGUUCUACGCAGUCUGAGGACCAUGAUAUUGGGCUUAUUGAAAUCUGCCAUUAUUUGGGCCUAUUAUUGGCCCAAAAAAGUGUCACACACUCGCACAAGUCAUAUGCUAGAGGGAGUCGUUAUUUACACACGUAAUUGGACUCAUUACACAUACUUUUUUUAAAAUAUUUAAAUUUACCAAAUAAUCCUCAUGUAAAAUUACUAUAAAACCAUUCUACUUUUUGCACUAAUAUUUGUUUUAUCA